AAAUCGCAAACUACUGUCGAGAGAUAUUCGGUGAUAUGUUAUUAGAUAAGCCACUAGACUCUCACCCGCUAGAGCCUAAUGUUGAUUUACCGCCACCAUCAUUGCUUAAGCGAAAAAUUAUCAUUAAGAACAAGCGAAAACACCAUCACCACCAUCGUCACAAGAAGGGAGACGUUGCAUCAACGGUCAGCAAAUUAUCGACUGCAAACUCAGUGGCAGCCCUGGUGGGGAGCAAAGAACUUCAGCAAAGAAAAUUGAUUUUGGACUAA